AACAAAUCACAUCCACAACUUUCAAUAUAUAUUAUUAAUGACUUUAAACACUCUAACUGAAAACAAUAAACACUUAAACCUUAUUUUUGAAAGAAAGAAAAAAAAAAGCAAAUGGAAAAUUCCAAAAACGCAUAUUAAAUAAAUAUAAUCUUUUAUAUAAUACGGACUUGUAUAUUUUUCUCACCUUGUGUGCUUUCGUUCCUCUCUCGAAGACUUGGUGUUGAAACAGCGACCAGAGAGCUCGUCCUCUCUCCGAAAACACGAUACUUGUUCGAUCUCCUUUGCUUCCAUUACCAACUCCACAAUCUCGUAUCACCACAAACUCCAACAUUGCUCAAAGUUUGAGACAGAAACUAAACUCAGACAAGCUCGUCCAGGUUCCUCUAAGAAUGGUUCGUCUGAUGGAUGAGGGAAACACUCUUAUGGAAGAAUCCUCUGAUGUUGAGUUUGCAUGUGGAGAUCCAAAAGUUGAGCCUCGUGUUGGAGAUGAGUUUCAAGCCGAGAUUCCUCCUAUGAUGUCUGCAUCCAAACGUGCAGCGUUUCUCUCGACUCCUCUACCUUUGGAUGAUUCCUCAUAUCCUUUUCUUGUUGGACAACCUGUCCAAGUAACGUGGAUAGACAAGCAUCAUCAAAAAGGUCAACUAAAUGGAGAUGAUGAUAGUAUUGACAUGAACCAGUCUUUGAAAUCUUUAAGAACCAAAAGAAGUCGUUGCUCUUCCAAGAAGCAACGAUUGAAUCUUGAGGCUGUUCCAGAGAUACCAUCCAGCUCUUGGGAAGAUCAUGAGGUGGCUAGCUUUCUCCUUGGUCUUUAUACAUUCGGGAAGAACUUUACUCAGUUGAAGAAGUUCAUGGAGAGCAAAGGAACAGGAGAGAUAGUGUUGUUUUACUACCGGAAGUUCUACAAAUCAGCUAGUUACCACAGCUGGUCUGAUUCUCGCACGAAGCGGAGACGGAAGUGUGUGUACGGAAGAAAGCUUUAUUCAGGCUGGAGGCAACAUCAGUUGUUGUCCCGUUUGAUUCCUUCUAUCUCUGAUGAAUCUCAGAAGCAAACACUUGUGAAUGUCUCAAAGUCAUUUGCUGAAGGGAACAUCACUCUUGAGAAAUACAUAAGCUUGGUGAAGGAUCUAGUCGGUCUCAAGCUUCUGGUUGAAGCUGUGGGGAUCGGUAAAGGAAAAGAAGAUCUCACGGUUAUUACAUCAGGACCACCAGUGAAGACCAAACCAUGGUUCACGGUUUCUUCAAAGACUUCUUCUUCGGUCCCAGGCUUAGAUGCUUACACUUCACUCACAUCUGCCGACAUAAUAAACCAGUUAACCGGCAGUUCACGACGUCUAAGCAAAGCGCGUUGCAGUGAUAUCUUCUGGGAAGCUGUGUGGCCGCGUCUGCUAGCCAGAGGAUGGCGUUCGGAGCAGCCCAAGGAGCGAGGCUAUUUUGCUUCUAAGGAUAACAUUGUGUUCAUCGUCCCUGGAGUGAAAGAGUUUUCGAGAGGGGAGCUUGUUAAAGGAGAUGAUUACUUUGAUUCAGUUAGUGACAUUCUAACAAAGGUUGCUAUGGAGCCUGAGCUUCUUGAGUUUGAAACAGGAGGAGAGAUAAAGGAAGGAGACGCCAAUGCAGAGAACUCUUCUGAGCAAUCUGAUGAAGGGUCUUCACCAUCUGAUAAGCAAAAACAUCGUUACCUAAAGUCUCCAUGUUCUAACCGUGGAACUCUCCAAAUGAACUUCACUGUUGUGGAUACUAGCUUGGUUGCAGGAGGGAAGCUGUGUGAUUUACGGAAUCUGAAUACAGAACCUCUAGUUUGUUCUGUGCCAAAGACUCGUUUAGGAGAUGAACUGGACUGUCAGAAUGUGGAAAUGCCCCCAAGUGAUGGCAGGAAAAAGGAUUACUUAGAGGAAGAAUCUAGUAUAAAGGAGGAGGAGGAGGAGACUUUGGAGAGGGUUAAGGAUCCAUCAAAGAGGCUGAUCAAGCAUAGGUCUAACCAACGAGCAGAAGCUAAUGAUGGUUCAGUAAGUUCUGCUCCAUCGUUGAAACGUAGACGGCUCAGUGCUUGCGUGAGGAGUGAGAAAAGCCUUUCAAGAGACAAACAUUCACCGGGUGAUGAGAGCACGGUAUGUUCUGAAUCAGAGCAGUUAAGUUCAUGCGCUGUCCAACACCAAAACGGCUCAAGUGAAGAGAUGAACGAAGACAAAGAGAGAUAUGGAAGAGAUUAUAUGAACUUAAAGUCUGAUCAAUCAAAACACACGGGAAGUGGACCGUCUUCUGCGGUUGUAAAGAUCGAAGAAACGUCAGAGGAGACAAGAACAUCCCCACAUGAACUCAUUUCGUCAGAACAAGAACCAAACGGGUGCUGUUCAGUGUCUGACUCAAACACAAAACGUGCUACCAUUGUUCCUAAACAAGAGCAAGCAGUUGAGCUCCCUUCCAUCCCAAGCUCUAACAAUUCUCCUUCCAAUGAUCUGGGAACUACUCAAGAACUUGGUUCCUCAGAUGCUCCUAGAAGACAGAGCACAAGAAAGCGACCAUUGACCACCCGGGCUCUCGAAGCUCUUGAAUCCGGUUUUCUUACAACCAAGGAAAUGAAAAGCACGGUUAAACCAAGAAAACGUGCAAAGAAAAACCGCUCAGCUAAGGCGUGUAACAGAGAACAGCCUUUGCCAGACAAUGGGAGUGCAGGUCUGGAGCAAAGAGGAGAAGAUGAGAGCAAAGCAACAGAUCAAAUAGAGGAUUCAAAGCCUAGCCUUCCUCUUAAUGGAGAAACAACUGCGACUAUGGCACUGGAUCAAAGACAAGAUUCAAAGACAGUGCCACCUGAACGUCCUAGGCUUCCACCUAUUGUUUUGAAGCUUUCUCUUAAGCGUCGAAGAGGAGCUUCAGAGACUCAAGUCUGAAAAGUUUGGGUGCUGGUUGUGAGAGGAUUGGCCUCUUGCCAUAGAAUAAAUGUGUACAAAAAAAGUAGAGAUUAAAGGGGUUUUAUUCCGUACCAUUCUUCUUUGUUAUACAUUUUUCUGUUCAGUUUCUAACUUUCUUCAUAUCUCAUUGAAUACAUAUUGGCCAAUAUUGAAGUGGAA